AUCUACAUUGUCCACACAUCAGAACAAUUUGAGAUGUUGGUUAAGAAGUUUGAUUUACUACACGAAACAGUUGUUGGUUUUGACGCUGAAUGGACACAGAAAGCAAUAAAUCCUCUCUCGAUCAUUCAGCUAACAUUCCGAAAUGUGAACAUUAUUAUCCAGGUACCUCUUCUGGAUGAAUUGCCACCUCCUUCUCUGAACGUUAUAAUGAAAGACGAAAAAAUAUUGAAAUCUGGAAUCGGCAUUCAUGAAGACUGUAACAAACUGUGUUCAUACCUAGGUGUUGAGGAAGUAAAUAGCAUUGUCGACGUUACUGACAUCGCCAAACUAAUGGGCCAUAAAGAUCUGAAGACCAGCCUUCAAUAUCUCACAUCUAAGUACAUCCAUUUUCACCCAUUAAAACUAGACAACAAGAUCCGAUGCGGUAAUUGGGAUGCACAAACUCUCAGCAACGAGCAGAUUUUGUAUGCAGCGCAUGAUUCUUACUAUUCUCGCGAACUUUUCGUUUAUUUUUACUCAAAAUACCGCAGUUCCACGCAAAAUCCUUUUACUCCAUUUGAUUGGGUCACUGACCAUCAUCUCGUACUCAACGUUUUUCUUUGGUUUGGUUGUUUUUUGUUUGAUUAUUCACUAGAUUCACUUUUAUGGAUGGAUGCGACGACGGAAGAUGUGUAUAAUUCCAUUUGUGUACCACUGAUUGAUUCUUUAGUCUGUGGACAGAAUGGUUUUUAUUUAUCUCUUUAUGUUAUUUUAGCUUCUUUAGUUAGCUAUGGCUAUACUGCUUCCGGUAUGACUUAUAGCCUUUUUGGAGAUGAUACUAGUUCAGGAAUUGUUUUUCUCCUUGUAUAUGAGUUGCUUAAGCAAAAAGUAUGGUUCUGUGGUGUUAAUGUGAAAUAG